UACAAAUUCCGCCCCCAGCCUCUCAGAUGAGUGGCUGCAAAGUGUACGCGGGUUCAGCCGCGCCGCAGCUGAUUGGACAGUUUCAGUGUCAAUCUCGUUACUUCCUAAAUGUAUCAAGUUAAUGUGGAUCGGAGCUGAGUCGCGGGGAUUUCGCUCCGCCGAGCUUUCCGGACGCAUUUGUUUAUCUUCAUUUGGGUGUCUCGCUGCAGGGGAAACCGAGGGGGACGGGAACGGGGAUCGCGUCCCGGCUGCUCAACCCCAUCACACCAAUGAUUGCAUAGUGCGAUCGUUGGGUAAAUCUUCCACCAUGGGCAAUGGGAUGUGCUCCAGGAGACAGAAGGGGCUCCUCCAAACGGGAUUCUGUGUCCUAGUUGUACUUUGUUCUGGGUUCGGGUUGUACACCUACACCUACCUGAAGGAAAACGUGCGAAGCGCCGAAAUGUUGGCCCAGAAAUACAAGCAACAGCAGGAAUCGGUCUCGGCUCAGUUACAAGUUGUGUAUGAGCAUCGGUCGAGGCUGGAGCGCUCUCUACAGAAGGAACGAGGCGAGCACAAAAAGACAAAGGAAGAUUUUCUAGUGUAUAAAUUGGAAGCUCAAGAGUCAUUGAACAAAGAAAAGCAAGAUGCCAUGAAUCGCUACGGUGCUCUAAGUUCCCAGCAUAAGAUACUGAAGAACCAACACGAUGAGAUAAAGAGGCAGCUUGUGGAGCUGCAGCUGCAGCACAACAGCCUGCAGCUGGAACACAGGAAGGCAGCAGAGGCCCACAGCCAGCAGUACCUGCAGCUUCAUCAGCAGAAGGAGCUGGAGAUCAGCAACCUACAAGACAACAUCCUAAAGCUGAGGCAGGAGAGCAGACAGCUACGGAAGGCUCACCAGGAGAUGCACGACCAGCUGGCGAAGGCCCAGAGUCAGGUGGAAGAGUUCAGGCAGCUGAAGGAAGCUCUCAACGGGAUGCCAAGUUUCAAAAACCCUGGACAAAAGCCAGCCGUACCGCAAGAACAGAAUCCGGCAGGACACAGGCAUCCCUGGGACCCUGCAAGCAGCCAGUCAAAGGUCGCUGAACAGAAGCUUCCGCCAGUGGAAGGGCCGGUGGGUGGGGCAGAGCGUGCGGCGACUCCCAGGAGACGCAGAGAACAAGAGGCAAGGGAAGCUGCAGGCCAAUUCAACGAGGCACUGCAGGACCGUCCGGCACUGAAGACCGCGCCCACCUGGGAGAUGAAGGACCAACUCCGCCCACAAGAGGAAGGAGCCAGUCACGUGCCUCGGAUCACCAGGACGGUGAAUAACCUGCAGCCCGAGAACCAGGGUGCAAAGACAUUGGCCAAUGGCCUGCACCGGACACUUGGUGGCACCACUGAGCAAGAUCACCAGCUGGAGAGAAAUGUGGCUGCUCAGCAACAUGAGCAUUUCCUGUCCAGUGAGCUGCAGCCGGAGGGCCGCCCAAUCAGCCGUCAGAAGCAGGUGAAGAGGUGGGAUGAGAUUAUUAACGAUGUGAACAGAGACGCCGAUUUUAGACUGGACAGCCAAACAGAGCAGCGUCACUCUCCCCACCUGGAGAACAGCCAAGCCCCUCCGGCAACUCCCGCGAAGUUCAUCAGGAACCACUGGGCUCCCGGACAUGGAAAUGCCAACUGGAGUCUGGACCGUGUGAGCGACAGGAGGGAGGAGCCUGAGGAGGAACGUGAGAUGAUGGACAAUAAAUUGGAGGAAGUGGGGAAAAUUGAUGCAGGAAAGCUGUUUGCACAUGCCAUGUCAUCUCGGAGACAGCUGAUUCCACAGGAGCCUCUGAUUCCAGAUAUUGAUCAGGACCCUGCUCAGGAUCCCAAUAACCAGGGGGAGGAUGAGUUUGAAGAGGCUGAACUGGAGAGGCCGGGCUUUGCAGCGAAGGAGCAUCAGCUGCUGAUCAAGCCGGGUGCCAAGAAUGUCGCUGCAGCAAGUAAAGAAGGAGCUAAUGUUAUGGAUGAAUACCAGGAAGAUCAGGAGGCAGAAAAUGAGGAUAAUGGAGGCGAGAUGGAUGAUGACCACGAAGACCCUGACAUCGCUCACAAAGACAACAUUGAAGAGGAGGCUGGAAUCCCAAAUGAUGAAGCCAAUAAGGAAGAAGAAUAUUGAAUCCAGAUGUAGACAGAGUACAGUGCUAUGAACUGGGGAUGGUUUCUUAUUCCACAAGUGAGGAGAUGGAGAGCUCAAUUAAGGAAUGAAGCUGUUGAUGAGAGCAGAUCCUGUCCCAGCGGAUUUCUCUAAACAAUAUGAACUGCAAGACGGAGGCAGACUUUGGUAUCUGAACUGUAGUUUUUCCAUUUGACAACUUGACCCCAAUGACUUUGUCUAACAGAAUUUAAGUAUCAAUUGAUGCUUGGCUUUGUCUAAGCAUAUGAUUUGCCCAAAGGUAAUGGACUUGGUGAAAAUUUAGCUCCGGAGAACAGUUUGUCAAGUGGAGUCUGAACACCGUCCCAUUAAUGGUCCCACUUUGAGUAAACCAACGGACAACUAAACAGAUGGUUCGGUGGAAUAAAAGGAAAUUAAAGUGAUAAAUAUGUCAUACACUGUGUUCAUUUCUCUGUAAUGCAUCAGAAUGCAUUUUUUUUAACAGUAUAAUUUCUGGAAAAUAUAUAAUUUUCACAUGUCUGCAAUUGAUCUGAAAUUGAGAAGGAACAACCCCACAGAAUCUAUGAAGAAUGAUCGAUCCCUUGGAGAUGGAGGAGAAGAAUAAACCCUUUGGGGGCUGUGGUACAAUAUGGAAUGACUCUUUUGACCUGCUGAAUUUGUUCUUUGCUUCUUUACAGUAUAGUGGGCAGUACGUUUUGCCAUGUCAGCUAAGACUACUUUACUUUUUAAGGGGAAUUCACAAAGAUUGGCCUCUUCACUUCCUUCUGUUUUCUGUUCUACAAUCCAUAAAUUUAUAACCCCAGAUCAUGUGUCAUCUACUGGCUCCACUUGCAUCACCAUCGUUCCAAGUGAUCAAUGCCUUGACCUCCAUGUGGAUUUAAACCAAAACUGUAGUUCCUCUCGGCUGCUGCCAAGUAAUUUCUGCAUCAUUCCCGAGCUGGUCAGCAGCACUAACUCACCACUUCUCACACUGUUCUCAUUCACCUGGUGGAGCCGGCCAGGAACAGGAGAUCCGGUCACACCUCUUAGUAUGGAUGGGUGCAUUUACCUGUCUCAUGAAUCCAAUGAGACCAUAAUAAAUAAAGCCAUGAUUGAUUCUG